AUUUUCAAAAAAAUGCAAGAACUCGAUGAAAGUAUAGAUGAGUUUGAAUCAUUUGAUGAAACCAGUUAUAAUAUUUCUGAAGAUAUAAUAAAUAAAGUAUAUAAUAGUAAUGAUUUUAUUUCAAAACCGAUAAAAAGUUUACAAUGCACACUUAAUGAUGAUAUCAUAAUAUUUUUUCAUUCGUUUGGUUAUGAUUGUUGUUCCAAAAUCUUUAAUAUUUGCAAUGCAGACGAAAAUACAGUAUUGUAUGCAUCAGGUAGUUAUAUUCAUAUGUUAGAUAUAAAUACAAGAAAAUUAUCAUUUCGAAAAUGUGCUGGUAAUGGAGGAAUAGGUCAUAUAGCUAAGAAUCCAAUACUUAAUCAUAUAUCAGUUGGAGAAAAUUGUACAAAUCCUUUAAUAAUAGUAUAUGAAUGGCCUACUUUUGAAGUAAUAAGUGUACUUAGAGGAGGUACAAAACAACAAUAUAAUUGGUUGACAUAUAGCCAAAAUGGAAAAUAUUUGUGUUCGCAAGGUGGAGAACCAGAUAACACUAUUUCAAUAUGGGACUGGGAAAAAUCAAGAAUAAUAUUGAGAACUAAAUCGCACAGUCAAGACGUAUACGUAUGUCACUUUUCAAAUUACAUAUCGGAUCAUUUAACAACAGCGGGUUCGGGCCACAUAAAAUUCUGGAAAAUGGUUCAGACGUUUACGGGUCUAAAACUUCAAGGUCGUCUUGGUCGAUUCGGAAAAACGGAAAUAUCAAAUGUAAUAGGAACCUAUUCAAUGCCUGAUGAAAAAGUCAUUUCUGGUUGUGAAUGGGGAAAUAUAUUAGUAUGGGAUGAAGAACUAAUAAAAAUCCAAGUAAUGAGAAAAGGUAGAAAACCUUGUCAUUCGGAGCCAAUCAUUAUGUUCUUAUAUUCUGAAGCUAACAUGGAGUUAACGAGUGUUAGCAAAGAUGGCACCGUUAAAUCUUGGUAUUACUACACAGUCAAUAUGGCCGAUCCGCCGGAAAAAGAUAGAGUGAUUGAAAUAGAGCCAUCUUUUACUCUAACUAUCGAAGACGAUAUUGGACGUGCUAAAAUCAUGGGAUUAUGCAAAGUUAAUGAUGAUAUCAACUCCUUUGAUUAUUUUCUACAAGACGGUAAUGGAGGGAUAUGGCUUGCAGAUAUUGAAGUAUCAGCAAAUGCAAAACCUUUAAGAAGAUUAGCUAAAUUUCAUGGAGAUAUAAUAACAAGUUUACAGCCAUCACCAACUGAUUACUAUAUUGCUACUACGUCUUUAGAUGGGUGGUUCCAUUUGUAUGACAUCGUAAAUAAAAAUUUAAUAUUCACCCAUAAUUUUCAAACACCUAUUACUUCUUUGAUUUGGUUACCAUUAAAAGUGGCAACAGGCGAAAGUAUAUUUGUUGCUGGAUUUAAAAACGGCUUGUUAAAAAUAUUCUUAGUACCUCUCAAAGAGAUUGUCAAUGGUGAAUUAAUAAAUCUUACUCUACUUCAAGUUACGAAACCGCAUACGAAUAGUGUUAAUCACUUAAAAACAAAUAAUAAUAAUAAAAUAAUUGUAAGUGGAAGUGAAGAUUGUUCAGUAUUUGUUUAUAAGUUAAUAAGAAACCCAUUUAAAUUAGAGCCUGUUGGUUUUUACCCCUUUCCUGGAUCUAUCACUUUUAUAUGCUGGAAACCUUCUCAGAAAAGUACAGCUCUAAUUAGUUGUGCUAGUGGUCAUAUUGCUGAAAUAAGUUUUCCUACUAGUCGUCCAUUAUACACCAAGGAGUCAUUUUUAUUGAGACUCGAACCUAAAAUAAUAGAAACAAAAAGUAUUAAAUCGGAAAUAAUUCGAAAUCAAUUUAUAAAGAAAUUAAAUGAGAAAAAGAAAGAAAAAAAAAAUCGUAAAAGGGAAAAGUUGAAAAUACUCAAGGAAAAUAACCCUGGGGUAGAAAUAGACGAAGAAUUAUACUUUCAAGAUUCCGAAGAAGAUGAAGAACCACCAAAAAUAUAUGUCCCUCCAGUACCGAAUCCCAUAAUUUUUGCUGUGUAUAGUCCUAAUGAGAAUACUGUAUGGGUAUCUAUAGAUGGUUACGAUUCUGGUUAUUUGUACGAAUAUGAUAUUAAUAGUUCAAAACUAAUAAAUUUUUCCUUAAUACCCGACAAAAUCGACCAACCACUUUCAUCUGCUCUGAUUUACCAAUCAAAAUUAAUAGUUAUACUUUUGAUGGGAUUUACAAAUGGUAGAAUUCGUUUAACAAAUAUCCAGACUAAACAUUUUUUGAACUUGGAAGAUUAUAUUGAACACUCAAUGCACGAUAAUAUAACUGGAAAAAUUAAAGGCUUGUAUUUUAGCCACGAUUACCGUUUAUUGUACUCAUUUGGAGAUGAUGGAAACAUUUUUUGUUAUCAUUUUCAUUGCAACCACACCGAUGAAAGCAAAUGCUCAUUGCAAGUUGUUGAACUACCUUCUAAGCCUGAACUACAGGAAAAAGAUAUAAUAAAUACUAAAGAGGAUAUCAAAGAUAGUCUAGAAGAGAGAAAGAUUAAUAAAGAAAAAUGGAAAGCACUAAAUAUGGCUAAUAAAGAAAAACAUAAAUUAAGGGAAUCAUUACUUGAACUUAAAUUAAAAUUUAAAAAUAUACAAAAAAAAAAUAUGGCUUUGCCUGAAUCAUUGCAGCUACCACAUUCAUAUUUCGAAUUAGACGAAAGAAUAACUCUUUCAAUUUACGAUGAAGCUAAACUUCAAAUGGAUAUUUUACGUUCAAAACUAGCUUUUGAUCUCGAAAAAAAAGAAUUAGGAUUAAAAAAAGUAAAAGACUACUUUGUAAAAAGUGUUCUUACACCUUCAUUUGAAAUACAAGGAAUAUCUAAAAUAAACGUUAAAACAAUUAAGCAUAAAACGCAUAAAGAAAUUUAUGGGAAAUUACUUGAGACUCUGUUAUCUAAAAAACAUCCUAAAAGAAAGCGACGAAAGUCUACUAUUAUAGAAAAAUUUACUGACGAUACUGUUCAUAAAUUAGCAGAAUGGGAAGUUUUUCUCCGAAACGUUAGAGAAAUUUACGAUUCUCUACCAAAAUAUAUUAGAAAAGCUAUUGAUAAAUAUGCUAAGAGAAAAAAUUUUGAAAAAACAGAAAAAAUUAAAAUGCACGACCUAGAAAUGAAAAAACCUGACAUAACAAAAUUCGAUACUGAGGAAGAAAUUCUAAUAGAUGUUGCUAGAAGUACGAUUGGUAAUUUAAAUUUGAAGUCCUCUUCUACCUACAAAGUACCCCAAGAUGAUAUAAUAUUAAUGGAAGACAAAUAUGAUGAAUACUUAGACGUCCAAGAAGAGAUUUACUGUUGCUUUGCUAAUGGGCGCGCGUACGUUAUAUCCGGCCGUGUAAUCAGAAAACUGUACUGUUGCUGUCAAGGUGAACUCUAUACACACAAUAUUCUUUAUCAGUUUAAUAAUCGUUCCCUUUAUGACACAUAUACUGGCCACCACUGUCAAUACCUGUAUAAUUUUAAUAUUGUUCAUAUUUUUAUCUGUUUUAUAUUUUGUAAAUUGUUAAGCCGAUACCCUCUCCCAAACGUAAUCGUCGUCGUCGUUGUGUCUCGCCCGGUGUGUAGGAAUUUGUCGGGCUCUCUUCCCUUUGAACCACCGUUGUGGUAUUUUGGCUGUGUGCGUACAGCCAACAUUAAUUUGUUUUUUUCGUGUGUGUCGUUUAAUAAUGUAUUAAUUCAGCAAGGCAUCGGCCAUUUCCGGGGCCGAGAUUCCCAUCUUAGGAUGAGUCCCAUCCGGGACUGGAUAUUUAAAUUAAAAUCAGAAUUCAACAAAAAAAUAUUCGAAUUAAAAAAACAAAAAAUUGAUUUAAUACAAGAUUAUAAAAAAUUUCUUAUUGAUAUUCAAACAAUACAAAAUGAAUUAAAUGAUCCAAACUUGGUAUUACCCAAUGAUUUUCCUACAAUUACAAAUGAUGACGAUUUUCAAUUAAAAACAUCAGAGGAAACUUGUAUUACACAUCAUUGUGUAGAUCAUGAAUACUUAUUGAUCUAUCCAGAAAAAUCGCCUAUAUAUUUAAAGCAAACUAAAUAUGCUUUAAUAGAAAAAUGUCAAAUAAAAUCAUCAUUUUUAGAAAAUCAAAUAAAAAUAAUGAGGGAAAAAAAACUAAGAUACAAACACAAAUGUUUACACGAAUUAAUUUUUACAAAAAUUGAAAUGUUUGAUAACCAUUUAGCUGAGUUGGAAACUGAGAGAAUAGCCGUUGUAUUGCGCAUAAAGUUUCUGGAGCUAUUUGCAUUGACUUUAGAAGAAGAAUUAUUAAUAUUAAAUGAUUAUGACUUACUUGAAGAUGAAUAUUCUUAUGAUGUUUACAUUAUUACAGAAAAACAAAAUGAAUUGUCAGCUCAGAUUAUUAAUAUUGAAGAAGAUAUUAGGCGUAACUACAAAAUCAUUGAAAACAAAAAUAAAGAAGCAAUUGAUGUAAAUAACUUAUUUGAGAUAGAAAUUCGAAAUAAUAGCUUUGCUAAACACUUGAGAAAAAUUUUUAAAAAAAAAUUUAAGCCAACCAGAGUUAAGUUAGAUGACGAUGAUGAUACUGAUUCAUCAUCAUCAGAUGAAAGUGAUGACUCAGAUUCAGAUUCAAACGAUGAUGGUAGUAUAGAUUCUGCUACAUUGUUUGGCCAAAUGAUGUUUGAUGAGAAUGUAUUACCAGAAGGUUGCGAUCCAAAAAUGUUUACACUGACUUUUGAAUUGCGGUCAAAACGUUAUGAAAUAGAACAGUGUAUUGAAAAUGUUUAUAAUAGUAUAGAUCUUUUAAAGAAGAAAUUAAGGGUAAAGUACGCAGAAUUAGAUGUUGUAAACCAAGAAUUGCAAAUUAAAAUUGAAAAAUUGGAUGCAUUUCGAAUUGAAAAGAAGCUGAAAUUAAACGACGUAGAAACAACUAUAAUUUUAAAUAAAAACCAAAUGAACGAGGCAAAAGUUUUGUCCAAAUCUGUACUUUUAUAUGGAAAUAUCAUGCAAAAUAUUACAACAAGAGUAUCAACUUUAGAAAAAGAAAGAAAAGAUGUAAAAGAAUCCUAUAAAAAAUUAAUAUUGCAUUCGAAGCGAUUACGUAUUGACUUACAUCACAUGGAAGAAAAUUAUAAAAAAUAUCAAAUAGCCAUUAAAGAUGUGAUGAUGAAAAAAUUCAAAAUGUUAAUAAAUUUAGAUAAUAUGGAAAUGACUGUCAUAAAAUACAUGAUAACAAAGGCUAAGUAUAAUGCAAGUGACUUAAAAGAACAAUUUAACAAAGAAAUAGAUAUAUUAAAAGAACAAUUUAAAAAAAAAGAAGAAUUUUUAAUGAACGUAUUAAAAAUUAAUACAAGCAAAACAAUUACAUUUGCAGCUCUUCAAGAAAAUAUUCGACAACUGCAACAAGAUAUUGAUUUACAACAUAAUAAAAGUAAAUCAAUUCAAGGCAUAACAUCUAACACCAACGUUUACGUAGCUGAUAUAGUUAAACUAAAAGAUAUACUUAACGAAUUAAUAACGCAAAAAAUGGACAUUUCCAAAGAAAUAGAUGCAUUAAAAUACAAAGGCAAAAUGUUUCCCCCGAUUGUUAAAUCAUCAACUGAUAAAAUGAAAUCAGAGAUUCCUAAAGUCAUUGAUUCACAAUUCAUUACCACAGAGGUUGAAGAAGAAGAAAGUGAUGAAUUUUGUUUUGAUGAUUAUGAAAAUGAAUAUAAUAUAGAAUUUGAUUUACAAUUCAAGAAAUCUACAUCAUCCAAAAGACUAAGCAUCAAUUGUAAUGAAUCGUCAAAAUUAGAAAAACAAUAUUCCCAUACUAGUUUUGAGAGUACAGAGGAAAAAUUCGCUGAAAAAGAUUGGAUUAGUUAUGAAGAUGAUAUAAUACAUGACGAGGGUUUGUCAAAAUCAGUAAUUGAAGAAUUAGACCAAAUGGAAAAAAAGUUAUCUAGUGACGAAGAAAGUGAUUUGAUUUUAGAAGUUGAUCAAAAUGAAAGUGCUCACAAACUUUCAACUAGUUUCAAUAAUUUAAGUACUACGUUAAACGAUAAAAAUAAUGAAUACGAUAACGAAUCUUAUUUCGAAUAAAAUAUAUCAUAUUAUCAUAGAUAUUAUCAAUACUUUUCAAAAUAAUAACAGUUCUUUUAAUGGUA